AUGGCAUCAGGUGGUUCUGGCCCUCCUAAUCCACCUUCAGGAAAUCCCGAUAAGGGGAAGGGGAAGAAAUCUUAUGUAGUGAAGUUGAUGACACGUUUCAAUAAUGAAAUUGGUUCAACCAGUCAGCCAACUACACCUACCUCUACCUCCACUGCUAGAUCUGUUCCACCUCCAUUAGUUGUUCCUGCCUUCACUCCCACUCCACAUGAAGUUCCUACAUCUACACCCACUCCAUACCAAGUGCCUCCUCAUGGAAUGGCUUCACUCUCUCCCAAUGUUGGUUCUAACCCAUCAACUCCCACAAAUAUUGCACCAUCACCUGGUACAGACGAUGCAAAUCCACAUUCCAAUUCAGCCGCCAAUUAUGUCGAAGAAUGUUCCAAUAGUCGUCCAAUGAUUACACCUGUUGGAGGAGGGUUUUAUCCUACAAAAACUGCAUCGAAGGCAAUCACAGCCACCAUCAAGCAACAGUUUGAUGAGCCAUGGCUAACAUGGGGCUCAAUCCCUAAGUCAACCAGAGAUGUCUUCUUCGAACAUUUUAAGUUUUAA